AUGAUGAUGGUUGCGUUCAGUACGCCUGCGAUAUUUGUCAACGUUUUGAUGCUGGUUUCCCAUCUCCGUUCCGUUCUCCCAUCUCCGACCAGUCAGCGUUCGUCAGCGCCCAGCACCAUGACCACCGGGCCUAUUCUAAGAGUGUCAAUCGUCUCGUCCAGACAUGGCGCAGUCGACGCCGAACUCAAGGCGCUAAAACUAUUGUCGCGUCGGCUUCAGGCCGCCUUGACUUCUCAUGCAACCGAACUCCAGCUUCUCCAGCGAUUGUAUUACAAGAACAAAAAUCAACACAGGGGAUCGCUAUUCUGGAGAAAUGUCGUCGAAAUGCGACGCUACUCCGAAAGAAUCGAGAAUCUCUCACUUUCCAUUUUACUCAACGGCCUUCGCUCGUCUUUUCACGGUUCUGAAGCCCCAAACGUAAAUAUGAUGAAAGGGCCUUGGACUCAUUUUCCGCCGGAGAAAUAUCUCGCCAAUAUCAGCAGGCAGUUCGAUACUGCCCAGAAAAUUGCGGACAAGAUGUCCGACGUAUGCCUGCGAGCGUAUCAGUCAUUUCAUUGUUCACUUCAGUCGGCUGCAUUUCUGCAACUUCUCCUCAUGUUCGCCGCAAUCUCCUCAAGGAUGCGUGCAGUCGCAAUGGAACUCAGCAAGAUAUCCCUCCAGGUAUCUUUUGAUGUCACCAGUUUGCUUUCCUUCCUGCAGCACAACGGCAAUCCCCAAGUCACGGUUGACAAGACUGUUUCUCUUCCGCAGAGAAGUCUCGAAGCUGAGGACGAAGAAAUGAAAGAGACCGCAACAUCGUGUUCUAUGGAGAUGUCCGACCUACCUCAAACCCUGGUCAUGCCAAAUAAUAGGCAGGUCCGGCCAACAAAAGGUACUCGCUGA